CGAGCGCUGGGCGGGGCGAGCGCGAGCGGCGGCGCUAGGAGGGAGCGCCCGAUCCCAGCACAGCCAAGCAGAGCGGAGCGGAGCGGAGCUGGGAGGUGCUGCGGCGAGGCAGGCAGAGCCCGGCCGGCCGCCUGCGGCUCCGCGCCGAUCGUGCUGCGUCCCCGGGCUCCGCGUAUCCCCGCCUCUGCCCAGGCUCCCGCAAAACUUUUAUUCUCUGGGGCCCCCUGGGUGUCUGAAGGACUCGGAGAGCUCGGCCCGCUCUGCGCUCCCCUGCGGCGGCGACCAAGGGGACGUGCAUCCCUCACCCGCGGGUCUCUAGCGCCUCGCGCCUCUUCACCUGCCGAUCGCUCCCCGGAGCAGCGAGGGGGCACCCGCGGAGGCGCCGCGCGGGCGGCAGCGCCCCGGAACUCUCCCGCCCACCGCAGCAGACCCGCCCGGCGCAACUUUAACUUGAUUUCUCUCGUCCAGCCCCGGCACCCGCGACUGCUGCUGCCACCGCCGGCGUCUCGGCAGCCGCUGCCUCACAAAGGGGCGUAGGGAGGGGAGGCGGCGCGGGCGGCGGGCUCAGACGUCUGUGUGCUGGGCGCGGGCCUUCGGGCCGCAGAGGCCGGGAGACAAAAGGGAAACUGCCUCUGUUCACCGUGCGGGCUCGGAGCUGCCUGCUCGUCCGUCUCCCGCCCGGCUCCGUGAGCCUCCUCCCCCUAACCCUCGGCUGCUGCUCCGCCUCCCUCCCCGCGGGCUGUCCCCGCAGUGCUCCGGGACCCGGCGAGCUUUCGGGGCGCGCGUCGCUGCUGGUGGUUGGGGCUCUAGUGAUAAUAAAUGAUAGAGGAUACAAUGACUUUGCUGUCUCUACUGGGUCGCAUCAUGCGCUACUUCUUGCUGAGACCUGAGACGCUCUUCCUGCUGUGCAUCAGCUUGGCGCUGUGGAGUUACUUCUUCCACACGGACGAGGUGAAGACCAUCGUCAAGUCCAGCCGGGACGCCGUGAAGAUGGUGAAGGGCAAGGUGGCCGAGAUAAUGCAGAACGACCGACUGGGAGGGCUCGAUGUGCUGGAGGCCGAGUUUUCCAAGACCUGGGAGUUCAAGAGCCACAAUGUGGCCGUGUAUUCCAUCCAGGGCCGGAGAGACCACAUGGAGGACCGCUUUGAAGUUCUUACGGACCUAGCCAAUAAGACGCAUCCGUCCAUCUUCGGGAUCUUCGACGGGCACGGGGGCGAGACGGCAGCUGAAUAUGUAAAAUCUCGACUCCCAGAGGCCCUUAAACAGCAUCUUCAAGACUACGAGAAAGACAAAGAAAAUAGUGUAUUGUCUUACCAGACCAUCCUCGAACAGCAGAUUCUAUCAAUUGACCGAGAAAUGCUAGAAAAAUUGACUGUAUCCUAUGAUGAAGCAGGCACAACGUGUUUGAUUGCUCUGUUGUCAGAUAAAGACCUCACCGUGGCCAAUGUGGGUGAUUCGCGUGGGGUCCUGUGUGACAAGGACGGGAAUGCCAUUCCUUUGUCUCAUGAUCACAAGCCGUACCAGCUGAAGGAAAGGAAGAGGAUAAAGAGAGCCGGUGGUUUCAUCAGUUUCAAUGGCUCCUGGAGGGUCCAGGGAAUCCUGGCCAUGUCUCGAUCCCUGGGGGAUUAUCCGCUGAAAAAUCUCAACGUGGUCAUCCCAGACCCAGAUAUCCUGACCUUUGACCUGGACAAGCUCCAGCCCGAGUUCAUGAUCUUGGCAUCAGAUGGCCUCUGGGAUGCUUUCAGCAACGAAGAAGCUGUUCGAUUCAUCAAGGACCGCUUGGAUGAACCUCACUUUGGGGCCAAGAGCAUAGUUUUACAGUCAUUUUACAGAGGCUGCCCUGACAACAUAACAGUCAUGGUGGUGAAGUUCAGGAAUAGCAGCAAAACAGAAGAGCAGUGAACCCUCUGGGGUUUCAGCUGCCUUAGACUAAAGGACUUUCAACACACUGGUCUCUUUUAAUGUAGUGAAAGGUGUGGGAGUUACAGUUAGGAUCAUCCAUCCCAGACAUGGGGUUCCCCAUCCCCGGCCGUCUUAAGUCUAUGUGCCGUGAUGAACCGAGGGUGGUGCUCUUGGCCAAUGUAGUUGAGAGGCUGGAAAAUGGUUUCUUCGUGUUUUCCCAACUCUUUCAUCCAAUGUUCAAAAUAUAUAAAUAUAUAGCUGUAGAGUCACAUGUAUGAAGUGAAUGGCAUAUGUGCCAUAUAUUCUCCUUUUACGAUUGUUUUCAAGAUCCCUUACAGGGCCCUCCAGGCAUCAGACUUUGUAUCCUCUCAUUGGAGCAGUGAGUCAGGGCCAAUGUGGCCACACCCUAUGCUGAGGGGCAGAGCUGUCCUGAGAAUGCUUUGUCCUCCUGAGCCCAGGUUUUCUGCUCUGCAGCAGCCCUGCAGAAACAAGAUUUGGAAAUGGUUUGUUAUUCCGUGGCUGCUCUUGGAGGCUGAGGGAUGUGGGGAGGAUGAGAGCCGCCUGCACGGCAGAAGUAAACUUCUUCCCUCGCUUUCUUUAUUAGUUAAAUAGACUUUGUGUACCACCUGACCAGUCUUUGUGUGUUUAUCCUAAUCAUGCAUGACCUUAAUCUUUGGCCUACACCUUACCUAAUGUAAUAGGCAGCUGUUAAACUUUACCACAAGACACCACGAUUUUUUUACAUUACCAAGUGAAAAAAGCAAAUCACAGUACCAUAAUUCCUUCCACCUUUAAGGGUAGAUAGAGGACACCAUGGCCGAAUAAGUCACAGCGCCCCUUGGGAAGUCUGCUAUUUGCAUUCAGAGAGAACGCUGGUGAGGUUGCCACCUCGAAUCGAGCUCCAGCUGCCCGGUUUUGUGCAUUUUUUCCUCUCCUCUUCUAGUAGCUUUCAAGUGUCUAUGGAGCAGUGUUCUGAGAAGCAGCGGUGUAGAACUGCAUGUGUGCUCCCUGAAGCCGAGUACAGAGUUCGCAGCCAAGGUUUGGAGUUCGGUGGUAAAGUACUGGGAUGUGCUUCUGCUAGACAGUGGAAAGGCAGCAGUCUUUAACAUUUGGUUGCAAACCACUGAGUUAUUUUUGCGGCCAGACUUGCUGCUUUUCAUUUCUUAUCACCAAAGUCACAUUUCCAAUCUCAGUAUUUUAUAAUUACAGAAAAUGCUGGGUCAUCCUGUUUCCCUGGCUGAGGGGCUCAAACAGCCAAACAAGAUUUUCAUUGCAUCCCCACCCCUCUGUGUCUGAAAUGCCAGGGCGUCCACCUGGUUUUGUCCUUCCAGAGUGAGCAUUUGCCUUUAUAGCUUCUCAAAGGCCCCAUUCACUGGCCACCUCCUGCCCAUGAUGCCGCUUCCCUGCCUUCUUCAGCUGUGGAGCUUUCCUGAAGCAGGUUCUAGGAGUGAACUCAGGAGGAUGAAAAGAUUCCCUUGUGGCUGCCAAGGACUGUAAUCUGUCUGGAUUCCUCUAAGAACUUAACCUUUCUUUGACUGAAAGAAUUAGUAGUGGUUUCCCAAGAGAUGUGCUUACUUUGGUAAACUCUAACAUUAGAAUUUACAAUAUGAGAAUUAGAACCUCGUUUUUUUUUUCCUUUUUUUAAAGCCGUAGAAUGUUCUAGUACAAAAUACCUGCCACCAUGUUAGAUUGGAGUAUCUGCCUAUUGAGAGACACUGAACAUCUGGAUGUGUGUAUUUGAGGCGGGGGUUGGGAAGGGAAUGUGGGAAAUAUGUAGGUUGUGAUCAGUGAUGGGACAGUCAGUCCAGGUGGCCUGAGUUUGCUUGGUGAUUUUAGGACGUUCUGAUUCUGGAGAGUUACCAAAGCCCGCCCUCUAACCGGAGUCCAGGAAUAAGCAGUGUCAGCGUAUUACAGUAUGCAGUUAAUUUUCCUUUUUUAUUUUUAACUUAACCCAAAAUUCAUAAUAACGAUGGAAAGAUAUUUUUAAAUACUAUGAUCACUGUGAUUGUCUAAAAUGAAAACAGUACUGUUUUGGUGAAGAUGAAGGAGAAAAGCGACUAAGUUAGUAAAUUAGUGUUUAUUUGCCCUGCAAAAUGUCUUGCUAGAUGGUGCUGAGUGCAGGAGUGCAUGGCUUUCCCUCUGAGUUCACAAGGCGUCUUCUAAACUUUGCUUUGUGGAAUUAAUUCAUUUCUGACUUUAAUCAAGUAGUGCGUGUAUUUUUUACUCCCUUUCUGCCUCUUUUUCUCCCACUUUGGCUUGUAGAUUUUUGAAAAACAGAAGUUCUAGGCAAAAUAGUAGCAGUAUGAUUAAUAGUUGUCUCACAUCAGGCUACUUUGUUCCCUUCCCCAUCCUCCUGGAGCUCUCUCUCCCUGAGCCGCCUCCAGCUGUCGGGGGUCUGCAGACAUCACCCGGCAUGCCCUGUGGCUCACCGGCCAGCCACUCCCAUUUUCCAGGGACAGGGAAGGUUGAGUCUAGUUAGGGAAAUUGAUUUGAGAAGUUUGCAUGUGAAGCUUCCCUAAACAGCACUGCCAAAGCUUUGGAAUUGUCACCCAGACCCCCUAGCCUGAGUUUGCAUUGCCAAUAGCCCCCAUGGUGCCAAAUUUUGGAAUGGUUUUAUAGUCUUUUAGAAAUGAAGCUGGGAACCAAUGAUCAUGUGCUUAUGAGCCCCCAGCAAGAUGCCAAGCCCGGGUCUUCAUUAAUGCACUGCUCUCCUGCUGCUCCACUGGCAAUUUGUACUCUUAAAAUGGGUUGGG